CCAUCCCACUCCCAGCUUUGAUUUUUUUGGAAACAUUUCCCGAAGCCGCUGAUAAAAAAAGUUUUGCGACUCCACAAUAACCGACGGAUGUGCGAAUCCAUCUAGUUUUGGUCUAAAAUAGUUUAGGAAAGGUUUUGGGCAUCUCUGGACAAGAAAGGUGAGUUAGAUUGGGUAUUUUUGGCUUUGCUGAACUGUGUGUGUUUGUGCAUGUGUGUGCGUAUUUGUGUAUAUGUGUCUUAUGCUAUUUAAACAUCAAACCUGUUCAAUUUUUACAUUAAAGCACCAAUGUAUUGAAUUAGUCCCCCUUUCAGGCCUGUCCAAUAUAUUUUUUCCAUAAAAAUGCAAUAUAUAAAACCUAAGCAUUAGUGCCAACUUGAUCCCUGAUCUGGCCGAGGUUAUCUUGCUGCUUGCCAGGGGCAUUUCUGGGCCCCAGACCCUAAGGAAGUCUUCCUGUUGCCGAACCCCCCACGCUCACAAAUUCAGUGUCAGGGGGGUCAAGGGGACUUCCACUCUGCAUUGCACUCGAAGAGCUGCAUUUCUAGUUUUAUAACCAGAAUUUCAAGAAUUUCAUCUCUUAAAGUUACCAGGAGAUGCUUUUUGCUGCCCCAGGUAAUGUGCAGGACACUGCGGGCUAAGGCUACAGUCUACCCCCAGCAAACUGACCUCUCUCUACUGAGCAUCUCAGAAAUCCCUGACAGAAGUAGGGAAGGAGGAGCUCUGCCCAUUGCCCCUGCACUUACCCUGGUCUAACAGUAAUAAGGAAAGGCUUUAACCUUUUAUUAAAUCAAUCUUGGGCAGCUGACAGCUCAAAAAUAACCCCCAAAACAAGUUAUUCAUUUGUGAAACAGCCAAUUCACCUGCCAGAAAGACAUGUCUCUGAUCUCUAGUUGUGUUUAACUACAUAUAUUUUUCCCUCGUGAUUAUUUAAUGAUUCUACUGUUUAUCUUAUUGUUACUUAAAUGUGUGCACAGAUCCAACCCCGAAUGAUUAUUACCGAAUACGCCCGUGUACUGAGCUUCUAAAGGGAGAUCCGGGAAUCCCCGGGCCGCAAGGGCUGAAAGGCGAUCCUGGUAUCAGUGGGACAAAUGGGGAAAAAGGCGAUCCUGGUGAGAUGGGAGCACAAGGUCCUAAAGGAGAAAAAGGCACUAGUAACUUAUCAUAUGUUGCAAGGAACUGCAAGGAGCUGCUGGAUCAGGGGGUGGUAAUGAGCGGUUGGUACACAAUAUACCCGGAUGGGAUGGCGCCCCUGCAGGUUCUGUGUGACAUGGACACUGAUGGGGGAGGUUGGAUAGUUUUCCAAAGACGCUACGAUGGCUCAGUAGACUUCUACCUUGGCUGGGAUUCCUACAGGAGGGGGUUUGGCAGCCGCCUGACUGAGUUCUGGUUGGGGAAUGACAAUCUCAGUAAUUUCACAUCGGCAGGAACAUGGGAAAUGCGAGUCGAUAUGAAAUACUAUGAUAACAUACAGCAUUAUGCAAAAUACUCGUCUUUCAAGGUUUUACCAGAGUCGGACAGUUAUAGACUAAUAAUCGGCCCAUAUGUUGCCGGUGAUGCAGGAGACUCCAUAAUCCGUACCAACUACUCAAAAUUCACCACAAAGGACCGGGACAAUGAUGAUAUGCCUGUAGAUAACUGUGCUGACUUCGGCCACGGAGCCUGGUGGUACACGAGUUGCUAUAAUGCCAACUUGAACGGACUGUAUCUGAUACAGGGCUAUAGUAUACAAAGCAACUGCUGGCUCACCUUAGGAAACUAUUAUUCCUUAAAAUUCAGUGAGAUGAAAAUGAGGCCAGCGUAAGGCUUCCGAUUCACAGCUGAUUUGCUGCUAUGUGGCAUAUUGUGCAAUUUGGCGACACACGUAGAUGAUACAUAUUACUGACAGCUUGUAUAUCAUAAUCCUGGUCAGUCAUUGACCAAUACACAUACUAACUGGUUAACAACCAAUCAGAACGCAUGCAUUUUUGGUAGUCAGUUGUAGCGCAAUAACUUUUGAGUGGGGUUGUUCAGAACACUCACACACAGAACAAUGGGUCAUCCAAUAAGUUUGGUAGAUGCAUGUGUGUCCAUCUUAAAACAGUUCAGUUGUUAUUCAGUUACCAUGCCUGAUAAUUGUAUAUUUCAUAUUAAUUCAUAGACCCAUCUUCUAAAAUACCCAAUCAUCUCCGUAAGGCACGACAAAAUCAUAGUUUAGGAAUGUUAAAUAAGUGCCCCUACUACUCUCAGCUGUAGUCCAAACAAGCUUUUGGGCUGAAAGAUGAAUGCCCUUGCCCUGGUGUAUAAGCAGGGAGUCAAUAAUCUGAAUAACAACAAAACAGUGCAACACAAAACCACAUGUAAAAGGACGACCGUGACAAUUCUAAACAACGUUGACUUCAUUCCAAAAUUCAGAGUAAUGAUAGCUUGUCUCCUGAAUUUCUGAGUAGUUGUUAUUAGUCCCCAAAUGCUCUGAUGAAGGGCGGCUUCUCCCCUAAAUUUCAUAGGAAGGGUGAAUUUGCCCAUCAAUACCUUAAGUAAGAUGGUUUACCAACCAUAUUGCUGUGGACGAAUGGCUUGUCCUUCAAUAUCCUUCACAAAGAAGAAUGAAGGCUUGUCUCCCAAAUAUUUGAGAAGGGGUCGCUUGUCCUUCAGAAAACCAGAGUAAGGGUGGGUUUCCUUUUAAACCUCUGAAGAAAGGGAGGUGCAUUCUCCCAAAUGAUGAGGAUGAGUGACUUUCACCAUGAGUUCAUGAUGAAGGGGGACUUCCCAAAGUCCCUUAGAAGGGUGGCUUCCCUUGUAAAAUCCUGAGGAAGGGGCUUGUCUCCCGUAAAAGUUAAUUUUGUGUUCAAAAGAGGGUUUGGAAUAACACUUUGUGCUUGUUUUCCAUGUCAUGCUUGUUCCUUUGUAUUCCUUCCAUUUGCUGUUCCAAAUAGCAGAGCCAGAUGUACCUUCCUUAGGAGAAGCCUUUUUUUGGUUUUUGGGUUGAUGGUUUCAGGGUUUCUUCAUAUAACAUAUUUUAAACUGUGAGGUGUUUGAUUUUAAUGAAGUUUGAUAUCUCUGCAAUAUAUAAUUUUAAACAAUAUGCAAAAUUAAAGGGAAAGUAUACCAGCUUUUGGAAAACUGUUGCAAUAAAUAGGGCUUGAGCUGAAUGCACUUUUUGCCUAUGUUUUGCCCAGUGAUAUCUAUGUGUUGUGUUAUUUCUUGCACUGAAUAGGACAACAUUUGAAAAUGAAACUAACAUUCUAUUUCCUGAUCCCAAAGAGCAAAGUCAAACAAAACAGCAGUCCACUUAGGCACCUCCUUAUGAAUAAACUCCUCCCUUUCCCAACUACAGACCACUAUCUUUUCACAUAUCAUUAUACAUAGCUUUAUCAGUGGACUGGGAGCUCCCAGUAUCCUGCUCAGCCUUUGAAGUGUUGGGUUAAAGCUUGACCAUCAAUGUUGUAAACUCUCACAGUCAGUCCUUUACUGUCACCGGAGUCAUUACUUCCCUUCACCUGUGUUUUGUCAUGAUAUUCUGUAACCCUUGUGCUUGAUUUGCUCUGUUGUUGUUCCAUAUCCCUGUCUGUGAGCUGAUACUGAAUGAAUAAAUGCUGUGCCACAUCUGUA